AUGGGCUGGGGACUACUCCUCCUCCUGGUUUUGCUGCCCGGGCAGCGGGGGGCUGUUGCGUCCACGAACCCCACUGAUUUGCUGGACCCAUUCGUCUCCUCGCCGAGUAUACCUCUCUCUCUCUCUCUCUCUCUCUCUCUCUAAAAUCUUUCUUUCUCUCUCUAACAUGGUGGGGGUCCGCAGACGGCUCAUGCGAUGGGGUGCAGUGCGGGAGGGGCAAGUGUCAACCGUACGCCAGCGUCUCCCUCUUUAGAUACUCCUGCGAAUGCGAUCCCGGCUGGACCAAGCUCGGCGGUGGCGGCCUCCUAGGGAGCCUACUACCAAUCUUCCCCUGCGUCAUCCCCAACUGUGAGACCUCCCUCCCUCUUCCUCUUCCUCGUCUUCUUCACCCCUUUUCUUCUUCCUCACCCCUCUACCUCUCCCUCCUCUUCCACCAGGCACCCUCAGCUUCUCCUGCACAGACGACACCCCGGCGACGGCGGCGCCGCCUUUGACCUCCUUCUCGGCCUCUGCAGUCUGCGCGUUUGGCAUCUGCGGAAAUGGCGACUGCGAGGGGACCCUCGGCGUCAACCUACGCUGCAACUGCCGCCCCGGCUACGCCAACUUCCUCAACAACACCGCCUUAGCCUGCGUCAAAGAAUGUGAGCCGCCGCCGCCGUACAUCUCCGCGAAUCUGGGGAGCUCUGUUGACAUUCUCCGUUGCAGGUUUCAUCGAGGCGACCUGCGCAGACCUCGGGUCAACAACUCCGGCUGAUACUCCGCCGCCCCCCCUCCUUGCCGACCAUGGAAACGGAGGUUAGACGGGGCCCUUAGAAUCUAUUUAUUAUUUUUCUCUGUGCACCGACUGAAUCGAAGCCCAGGAAAGAUGAAAGAAGAUGAGAUGAAUGAAACCCACGAAAAUCAGGAGAUUUCCUCCCCCACCGUUUCUUUUACCAUAUUUAGUAAAUAACCAUCUUUAUCUUGUCUUGCUUCCGUGGCAGCUGCUGUUCUAUCUCCAGCGGGCUUGGCGCUGAUUCUCCUGAUCUCUUCCCUGCUGCUGGCUACGAGGACAUAG